CGGGAUCUUGCCGCCACGUUUCUUGGAUAGAAGGGUGGAGGUUAGCCUGCCCUCUAGGAGCGGGGUGUAUAAUCCGGCGAUGGACAGGGUUGGGGUAGAACUGGUAGAGGACACGGUGUACCUGGUGGUGGAACUAGAAUGGCGCGCAAGGGGUGAGUUUGGGGGCACCAACCUGGAGUUGCCAGGACGGGUGCGCGCGACAGGGUCCCUAUACUUGUCGGAUGUGGGAUGGCGGACCUUCGGGGUGGCCUUGGCAGAUGGCGGUGACCCCGUACAGAUGUUUGACGGGGCGUGGCAGGUGACCUGGAGGGAAGGGUUUGCGUUCGCCAGCCCGGACCGGGAUGACGUAACGGCGACCGUCCGGGCGGUCGAGGUAGGAGCUAGUAUCUUGCCUUAUGAAAAUGUGCGCAUGGUCUUGCCACCCUUUUUGCUUGAGCGAAUGAGAGGGGUAGAACGUGUUGAGAUGGCAGUAAUAGCCCUCGGUAGGUUGAGUUUUAGUAACAUGACCGUCUAUCGAGAAUACUACCGGGCCUUUCUGGAACUAGGGUCGUUCGAUGAGGAGCAGGAGUACGAGGUGCUAAACAUUCUACAGGCCGUAGUGGGCACUAGACCUGGAAUACCGACGGUAACCGAGGAAGUCGUGUGGGAGAUAGCUAGGCGCGAGAUAGGAUGCGGGUUGACAAAGAUCCCGGAAGGAAGCGUUUGGAGGUAUAAGCCCGUAGGAAAGAAGGCGAAGCCGGUCUCCAUCCUACUCGAGAUGACUAAGGAGGAGGCCAUGGAAAAGGAGGAGGAGGUUCUUCGGGUAAUUAGAGAAAGGAAGGUGGCGGAAGGACAUAGGAUACCGAAUGAGGUGGCCCAAACCAUGAAGAUCGGAGUAAAGGGUUUUCUGACGGGGAAAGAAACACAGGCAAUCAAAGAAGUAUGCCAAGAAUCUCACCUAGCAUUCGCUUUCAAUGACCAUCAGAAAGGGCGCCUGGACGCUAAGUUGAUCCCACCAGUCAGGAUCCACACGGUCGAGCAUGAGUGUUGGAAUGACAAGGGACCGGCCUACGACUUUGAGAUCGCGGGAGAAGUGACAGAGCUCCUUAGGGCAAAAAUGGACUCCUUCGUGGCAGAACCCACCGCGUCUCCUUAUGCCAACAAGUGGUUUGUAUUCCGCAAGCCCAACAAGUCACUUAGGUGGAUUCAGGACCUGCAAAAGUUAAAUGCUGUCACCAUCCGGGAUGCGGGAUCGUUGCCACAGGCAGAUCUCCUGGCCGAAUCCCAUGCCGGACGCAGUAUUUACUUCUUGAUAGAUCUGUACUCAGGAUACGACCAGCUCCCACUGGACGCACGAGAUAGGCCCUACACGGCUAUGCAUACGCCAGUAGGACAGUUGCAGAUAAAGGUCACGCCUAUGGGAUUUACUAAUAUGGUAGCAGAGGCACAGAGGAGGAUGCUUGCGGUGGCCGGGGACAUGUUCCCAGACAAAUGUGAGCCCUACAUUGACGACAACCCUGUCAAAGGAGCACGAGAGAAGGAUGAGACCGAAACCCUGAAAAAUAUUAUCACAUCCGAAGAAGUCACCCUUGCCGCUCCGUGUUUCAACGACGAGGUCGGUCGACCUUUCAUCCUUGAGACGGAUGGAGGACCAAUGGCAGUCGACGGGGUGCUAAUUCAAAAAGGCGAAGAUGGUAGAGAGCGACCGAUCAGAUUUGAGAGUAGGACGCUCAAUUCGGCAGAGCGGCGCUACUCUCAAUUCAAGAAGGAGGUACUUGCGAUACUGCAUUGCCUCAAGACCUUUCAGGCUUACCUCUUCGGGAGAAGGUUUAUCCUGAGGAUAGACCCAACCAAUGUCGCCUGGGCCCUGAAGAACUAUAAGCCUAUAGAACCGACUGUUGGAAGAUGGGUAGGAUUUAUCUGGCAGUUCGACUAUAGGAUUGAGCGUAUAGCCGGCCUUAGGAAUCGAGCAGACGGACUGAGCAGGGUGGCUCUCACACCCGAAGGGCUAGAAGAGGCAGAGCCGAUGGACGCGUUCCUCGACUACGAGGGCGGGACGCUGGUAGUAGACAGCGAGAUGGCCGGAACCACUUGCACAACUGGGGAGCUAUUGAUCAAAGCACUCGAAAAGGGGCCUCCGAAAGUGGUUGCCGAGUUAAGGGAAGGAACGGUCACCAGAGUUGGAAGGAGGGAAGAGAAGGAUGUCUGGGGCAGUGUUGUGAAGCCCCGGAAUGAACAAAUCGCACUAGCCAUUGAGGGAGGCUGGAGAAGGGUUAUGAGCAUGAUGGAGUCUCAGAAGCUGGAGAUGCAGCACUAUCAGGCCUAUCCGGUGGAUAAUAAUCAGACGGGUACUCUGGAAGAAGAACAGUUCUUCCUCAUCAAGUCAUAUGAAGGUUUGUUCAGAGAAAUUGGGUUGCUACUGGUGGGAAACAAGGAACCCCACGAGGUCAGUCCUAAAGCUAGUGAGGAAGCGGAUAGGUAUGUGCUUAGAAGGGGGCACCUAUUCCGAAAGGAGGAAGGCCUGACGCCCAGGAAAAUAGUCUAUGGAAGGAUGCGACAGCUCGACAUUAUUCAGGCCAUGCAUUACGGAUUGGCCGGUGGCCAUCGCUCAUCCAAAGGGACCCUAACCAAGAUAACGCCGCUCUAUUAUUGGUCGGGAAUGACAUCUAUGAUAGCCACGUACUGCCAGACCUGCAAAAUCUGCCAAGAACGAAGCACGAUCCGCAUUUUCGAGCCACUUAGACCCACCCACAUGCUGGGGCCAGGGCAUAUGGUACAUCUCGACCUAGCAGUCAUGCCGGUUUCCAGAAAAGGGUACAGGUACAUACUUGACGCAAGGGAUAACCUUAGUGGGUUUGUCGAGGCAACCGCGCUCAAGAAGAAAAGUGGGUUUGCAGUUGCAGACUGGGUGGAGGACUUUUAUCUGAGGCACCCAUUCAUCAGGAGAUUCAUAGCCGACAAUGGGACUGAGUUUGUGAACCAGGACGUCCUGAAUACCUGCAAGAGGCUUGGAGUACCGAUCAAAUUGACAGAACCAUACCACCCUGAGGCCAACGCGCCAGUCGAGCAAGGGCACCAAACGCUUAAGAACACGAUUGCAAAGUUCGCAUCAGAUGACCUUGAAAACUCGCCGGACUAUCUCAGACACGCGGUAUUUGUCGAGAAUAUGACACCAAAAAGGACGACGGGAUGCAUCCCGGUAGAGCUAUGGUAUGGCAGGGAGAUUGACUUUCCGGUAGAGGCCCUAGUACCCACCUGGAACAAAUUGGAAGAUGACCCUCAUCUGACUACGGAACAAUUGACUGAGGCAAGGUGUGAACAAGCGGCCAGAAACGAGGAAGCCUUGGAAGAAAUAGCUCACAAGGUACUAGACAAUCGCAUGAAGGACAAAAACAGGUGGGACCAGUUGAAGAACAUCCGGAAAGAGCCUCUGCAGGUCGGGGAGAUGGUCCUAGUCAGAAAUUCGGCACUAGAAACUACAUGGUCAGGCCAGUUGGGGCGGCGAUUCAAGGGACCUUACCGUAUUGCAAGAAAAUUGGGUGUGAGCACGUUUGAGAUUGAGAACCUGGAUGGGAUCACUAUAAGGGGGCCAGUCCCUGCGCAACGACUGGUCAGGUUUCUCACAAGGGAUCCGGUGGAACAAUGGCUGCAAGAAGCCCAGGAUAAGGAGGUGGAAGACAAAGGCCGCUCAGGACAGUGGCAAGAGGCCUACUUAUCGCUUGUGCUUCUGGUUAUAUAGAAGUCAGGUGGACCAAGAUGGCACCCAACAACGAGAACGAUAUUAAUCAAGCAAACAUCAAUGA